CUUAACAACAAAUAUAAUUUGAGCAGCUUGUAUUUAUAUUUUAGUGUCCCGGAAACAAGCGAACUCACUCAAUUUCUGACACCAAGAAAAAGUUUUAGAGGGAAACCUACUCGAUUUGAAGAUUUUAUUGUUGAAAAUCCGCAAAAAAGAGUUCCAGAUAGGUAUGGUUUGGUAUUCUGUGUGAUAUUAAUCAACAGUGUGGCGGCAACCCUACCCUUUCAUAUACUCAUUGUUUCUCCUCAAAUUAAUAAGAUGUUUGAGUUAAUGCUGAAUGAAUUAAACCAAGAGCUAAUGAAUCCUAUUCCAGGAGAUAUACUUCCUCUUCUAGCUCUCAGUUUCAUGACGGUUUCUGGAAUAAUUGUUUGUAUAUUCAAAACAAGGUGGUUUAGUAUUAUCAUGGUUCUGGCUCAAACUAUCAACAUCCUGUCCCUCCUUCUUCUCUCUGUCUACAUGAUGGUUGGCUCCUCUCUCAUCCAUCUAUCCGUCUAUCUUCAUCCAUUCUUCCCCCUGGUUCUCCUCUCUCUUCUCUUCCUUGGUUGCGGGGCCCAGUUUACCCAGACCUUCAGCUGCGCGGCAAAUUUAAGCAACCAGUACAUGGCAGCCAUUUUUAUCGGAAUGGGUGUAGGAGUAUGUGUUGCAGUUCUUUGUCAACUAUUUUGUCUGAUAAUUUCAACAGAUACCUUCGGAAUGGAAACAAUAACAGAACACACUUCUGCCAUCUAUGUGUUGAUUUUGGUAUUAGCAUUUGCACUGGCUUCUGCAGAUCUAUAUCUGGCGCUGCCGUUAGCGAGAUAUUACCAAGAGGAACAAGUCAAGCAAAGACGAUCUAUAAAGUUGGAAAAGGAAAUGAAGAGAAAAAUGCGCCAGUUCUCAAUUCGUUAUGAAAAAGAAAAUGGCGGCUGUUGCCGGGGAUGGUGGAGAAAAUUCGCAAUUUUCUUUAAUAUGUUUGGACAAUCAUUCAUUACUUUUCUAGCGUUUCCCUUCAUCUUUAAAGAUGUAGUGUACUCUACAAUAGAUCAGGCUCACCUUUUUCCGGUCAUGUUUUCUUUUCUUCCGCAUUCCUUGCUAUUUAGUUUAGGCGCUCUCAUCUCCUGUUCAACCCCCUCCCCUCCCUCAUGGUGCUGGUCAAUAUCUAUAGUCAGGAUAACGUUUAUUCCUUUGUUCCUAUUGUCUAAGUUUGGAGAAAAUCGAUAUUUGCCGGUUAUAAUGUGGGAUUGGAGCUAUAUUUUGAUUUCUGUGAUUUGGUCAACUUUAGGUGGAUACUGUAUAACGUCAGCAGCCUACAUCUCCAGAUCUAAGUGGAUGGGAGGAUACUGUCUCCUAGGCAUGCUUGCAGGAUCUAUUGUCAGCGUUCUACUCAAAUUCAUCAUUGUCAGCAAUCAAUAAAUAUCUUGUCAGCGUCGUAAUCAAUACUCACUCUGGCAUGCAAAGUAUUAGCAUUGGGUGUUCCAAAAACAUGAGAAAAAUAGUGACAACUUUAGCAUCGUCUCUGAUUCAUUUAGAAAUAUUAUUGUGAACUUGGAAAUAGAGUAUUCAAGAUUACCAACAAGUUGGACCUCCUAGCCGUGGUAUACCUAAAAUGUGGUCUGUCAUUUUCGUUUCGUUAAAAUCGACAGAGGCUCUCAAGAAUUUUUACAAAUAAUGAUAUGUCAAAAAAAUCAAAAUUGUCUAAAUUUUGAAAUAGGAUGUUAUGUGUUUGCGCCACAGAGAAGCUAGUCCCCAUUUUGAAAAGCUCUUUAGACAUUAUGACCAUUCCUUUUUUGAUCAAUAAUUCAGAUCAGAGAAGAUCUCAAGGUCGUCUCCUAAUUCCCGUGUUUAUUGGAGCAUCUUGUAGUACAUUUGAAUUUCCGAGCCGGUCCCAGUUUGUACUGGAAUAAAGCAGAC